AGCUGCCAGCACGCCCCGGAACUGUCACUCACGCUUGUAGAAAGCGCAGCCUCGCGCGGAGAGAGUCACGGCAGCCUGAGGCGGUUCACCCCCCGGUCGUCUGACACCUUCUGUGGUGGUGGUCCGACAAACUAAACAAGGGCUGGACGUUGGAUCCUGUUUACUCUGAAGUGGGGCUACAGCACCCGCGGAGAAAUAGCCGCUAAGAUAGCCAGCUAACGGCCAGCCCAGAGACCGAAGACAACCGGCCAAGAAAUUCGGAGGGGACGUGUUUUUGUACCCGUUUUGAAGGCACGGUAUUUUAUUUGGCCUGCUGACCGCUGAAAAGGCCCAUUCAAAGAAGAAGGGCGCCUCGUUAACCGAAGCAGUGGGGGGGGGGACCGUUAAGACCCCCUGGACGUCCAGGCGGACUGCGGACUGCAGUAGCAGAGAGGAGUGAUGGCUGAGGUCUCUGCCCUCAGCCCCUCUCCUCCAGGCGGGCCAGAGCAAUUGGUGCCCGCUGCCCCCGGCUCUGGUUCACACGCUCUGCCUUCAGAGUCGUCCAGAAGCAUGCCCAUCCCCAGAUCUGCCCUCUAUGGCGACAGGGCUGUGAUGGGCAGCACGGUGCAGGGGCAGAACCCGGAGCAACUGCCCUCUCCUGCCCUCGCCCCGAACAACGCCUCUUCGCAAGCAGAGUCGAAGGAAGGCUGUGGUCUGCGGGUGGAGGUAGAUGUAGGAACAGAGGGUGGUACACCUGCACACGGGGAUUUACCGGCUGCUUCCGAGUCUUUAGAACAGCACACUGUUGAAGAAGGACCACUACGAUCGACAGUAGCAGAAGAGAUGUCCUCUUCCCCAGGGAAUAAUCCUAAAGCUAAUAUAAACCCCAUCUCGCAGGAUAACCAGACGCCUAAUCACAUCUCCUCAUCAGACAUCCUGCAGUGUCCCUCCCCCACUGUCUCCGCCCUAUCAGGACAUGCCGUGGGCCCAAACCCCUCCCUCUCGCACCCUCCAUUCGAUGGUGACCUGAAAGCACCACCUUCCCAAGCAGAGACAGCCACUCAGUCACUGAAUCCCAUCACUAGCUGCUCCGUCGUCGCCAACCCCGACACCCCCGAAUCUCCCGUCGCCUCCAAGAUGACACCUCCAUCUCUCAUAGUGCAGGAGGCAGCUCCUCUGCCCUCCGUGGUGCACACCCACCCUCGCCCGGCCCCAGACACCCUCAGCUACCUGGAGUCUGCCAGCAUGUUCUCGGGCACGCUGGAGUCACUCUCGGGCCUGGGUGACGAUGCCAGCUCCCUGGGCUCGGACUCUGAGAUCAACGGGCAGGCAAUGAGGCGCACGGACAAGUACGGCUUUCUCGGAGGAGCGCAGUACAGCGAGAGCAAUGAGAAGGAGACCAGCGUAGAGGUGGCGCGACACAGAGAGACGAAGUGGUUGGAAAUGUUCAAAAACUGGGACAAAUGGAUCGCUCGCCGCUUCCCCAAGGUGAAGCUUCGCUGUAGGAAGGGCAUCCCGUCCUCUCUGAGGGCAAGGGCAUGGCAGCUGCUCUCCAACAGUGAAGAGCUCCUCAAGACCAACCUCGGCAAGUUUGAGGAGCUGGAGAGAGAGCAAGGAGACCCAAAAUGGUUGGACAUCAUCGAGAAAGACCUUCACAGACAGUUUCCCUUCCACGAGAUGUUUGCUGCGCGAGGAGGUUACGGGCAGCAGGAUCUGUACCGCAUACUGAAGGCCUACACUGUCUACCGGCCGGAGGAGGGCUACUGCCAGGCCCAGGCCCCAGUGGCUGCUGUGCUGCUCAUGCACAUGCCUGCAGAGCAAGCCUUCUGGUGCCUAGUGCAGAUUUGUGAGAAAUACCUGCCCGGCUACUACAGUGCUGGCCUGGAGGCCAUCCAGCUGGACGGAGAGAUCUUCUUCUCCCUGCUUAGGCGCGUGUGCCCCAUGGCCUAUCGUCACCUGAAAAAGUUCAAGAUUGACCCCAUCCUAUACAUGACCGAGUGGUUCAUGUGCAUCUUCUCCCGCACGCUGCCCUGGGCCUGUGUACUCCGCGUCUGGGACAUGUUCUUCUGCGAGGGGGUGAAGAUUGUGUUCCGCGUGGGUCUGGUGCUGCUAAAGCAGAUGCUGGGCUCUGUGGAUAAACUGCGGGAGCUGCAGGGCAUGUAUGAGACUAUGGAGCGUCUGAGGAACAUCCCCCCAGACGCCAUCAGAGAGGAUGCACUGGUGCUGGAGGUCACCUCCCUGCCCGUGACGGAGGCUCUCAUCGAUCGCGAGUGCAGUGUGCAGGUGCGGAAGUGGCGGGAGUCUCGUGGUGAGCUCACCCACCAGCUCUCGCCCAGGCUGCACGGCACUCGCGCCAUCCACGAACAGAAACGCCGCGCUGCCGCCAUCAGCUCCGGGGGCAGCCUGUCCUUCCUGGGUGGCCCCGCCCCCCAGCCCGGACCCCUGCGCGCCUCCUCCAGCCUCCUCUCCCUCACCGGCUUCCGCAAAUCCAAGAUGUCCUUCCUCCCUGCUAAGAAGAGCCAUGAGGCUGGCCUGCAGGGUUUCGGGGGCGGGGUGGUCGCUAUGGAAAUGGCAGCAUCUGCAGGGUCGUCCCGGCCGCUGCUUCUCACCGGGGGGGCUGCAGGAGGGAGAGCUGAAGCCCCACACGGGCCAAGCCCGCUAGCGACCAAACCCGCGGCAGAACCAGAACCGGACACAGAGGCAGCCACGUCUGCUCCCGUCCUGAACGCCCUCUACCCCUCCCCGAAGGUGGUCUCGGAGCAGGUCACGCCCACCAUCCCCUCGCCCACUGCCAACAACUCCCCACUGCUGCCCUGCGCGGAGCCGCCCCGAGCUUCCCCGGCGCCCGAGCCAGCGCCCGAGCCAGGGCCCGCUCUGGAACCGGCGAACGAGGAUGGCAAGAAGAAGAAAAAGAGCAAAGAGGACAAGAAGAAGGAGAAGGUGGAGGAGAAACACAAACUCCGGGAGAGGAAGGAACGCGACAAGGCGGACAAGGAGAGGGAGAAGGCUGAGAAAGAGAAGGUGAAGAAGGAGAAGAAAAAAGGAGGGAGGAAAAAGGACAAAGCAGCCGGCGGCUCGGAGUCAGAGGAGAAGGGCGAAGGCACGGCAGCGAAGUCCUUGCCUUAGCUCGGAGCUGGUGGAGCUCCCCGGCUCGGGGAUGGGAGGCCGCAGACGAGCUCCGCUAACGGGCCUUCCGUCUCCAGGACUCGUCGUUGUGUCCGGAUCACGUUUUUGUGGACUAGCCCUCCUCCUCUGACUGUCCCCUGCACUCUGUCCAUGUCAGUGCUGUGUGUGUUGGGCUGGGGGGGUGUUGAACCGUACAUGCAGAGCUACACCUCUGCUGUGAGCUGGGGUUUGCCAUCAGCAUCGUCACGGACAGGUCAGCGGUGGCUGUGUGUUGGUUUAGGUCUGUUGGUCUGGGUGCUGUAGUGGUACACAUAAGAAACCCAUUUCCCUGUCCCCGAUACACCGGCCUGCCGCAAAAAGAAAUUUCAAACCUAAAGAGCUAAAGUCAUUACCGUACUAAAGCAGACACAGACUAUAGCGAUUGUACUAGUAGUAGUAAUGUUAUUAAUGGAUGUCAAGAAGGUUGUAUUUAUUGUAAAGUGUUCCUAGUUAGUGUGUUUUUGUUUGUUUUUUUAUUUUAAUUUUAUUUAAUUUUAUUUUUUUUGUGUGUUUGUGCCUUGGUAGCUAGCGAAACGUGUUGCAGUCCCAUUGCUACCUGCUCUCGCUUCUCAUCUCUCAUGCUCCGCGGAGUCUUGCCCAUGACUCGGGCCUUCGUUAAGAGAGGAACAUGUGUGCUUUGUCCCCUAGGGGGUGCAGAGGAGUUAUGGAGCAGAGCGAAAUUCACUAGGAUGAUAUGAAGUCUAUUAGAAAUGGUACUUUGGUCGAAAUAGUCUGUAUUUGGUUCCUGCCCUACAGAAAAUCGUACAAACGUGCAACAGUACUAAAUCUGACAUGCGUUUCAACUUAAAAUGGGUUUAGAUGUUUCUGUAACUACCUUUAUGAAUGUCUUAAGUUUACAGUUGUUAUGAAGAGAUUUCUUUUGCUUUCUGAUGAUCUUUAGCAUGGCGUGGUUCCACCCAAACAUCCCUUACCUUCUUUUCCCCCCAUGAGGGUCUGACGACCUUUUUGGGGUUUUUUUUUUUGUUUGUUUGUUUGCUUGUUUUUACCGCGGAGUAAACUGGAAUCGGUGGGAAACUUAAAUGAGAACGUGAGAUCUGAACACAGAAGGAAACACCGCACUGGGCCUUCUGUCUGUCUGUCCCUGUCUGCAGCGCACCACGUGAGGGAGAGGCUUCGCUUUACCUGACUGGGUGGGCCUAUGUCAAACUAAAUAUGUAUUGGCUUGUUUAUGAAGGAUUUACUCUGAUAUUGCACUGAUCCCUUUUGACGGUGUUAUUUUUCCUCCCACUUGUCCUAAGCACACCACUAAUUUUGACUGCUGCGAUGUUCUGAUGUCCAGCAGUGGUCUCUAGUGUGUCUCUCCGUGAAAUCUCUUCAUCUGUCAUGACAUUGUAGCUUUAACUUCUCUGGCCUUCACCUUUGGACUGUAAUAUAUUAAUGUACAAAGUUUUGUUAAUUUAACCAGAUGAACCAUAUAUUGUGAAUUAUUCCUGUUCAUUCUCUUAUUUUAGAUUUGAUUGUUAUUAUUUUUCUAUGCAAGAAUACAGUGGCCUAGUUGACUGGAAUACCUUGGGCUGCUGGAAAGAGGAUGCCUGUCAAUUCUGAAAGUGUUUUAAAUUAAUCUUUGUUUUAUAUGUUUUUGUUUUGGUUUUUUUGCACGUUUUCUACCUACAUCCCUGAGAACAAAGCCAAGCAGUAGUUAUUUAUUUUAGUCUCAGUUUUAAAAUCACUUUUUUUUUCCCUUCCAAGUUAAAACAGUAUUUCUUGUCUGACAGAGCUAGUUUACUUUCUGACGUGUUCAGAUUGCGCUAUAGUUAUUACUCAUCUCUGUUUGAAAUGUAACUAUUUGGAUUAAUCAGUGUUGGUGGGGAUAAAGAAGUUUAGGUCCAAAACGGUACUGUAAAAUAUCUGGGUGUGAAGAAGGGGGCAUGGCCUAACGCCUCUCGGGAAGCCACUGGAACCAGUAUCUUUCUAGUGUGAUUUAUUAAAGAUACUGUAGUGAACUGUAAACUAAUUUUACACUAGUGCGCCUCACUCCUCAGUAUUGUGUAACCUACACACCUCUCAGCACUUUGGAACUUGGCCGCGCCGGAAGUCGGACAGCGCCGUCACAUUCCCAUAGAGAUCUGUGACCCUAAUGCUGAUUCACCGUAAUGUUGGUGGGUCUUUGGUGAAGAGUGACUUGAUGUGCUGGCUGAUGCUGAUGCUGAUGUGGUUAAGCUAUGCGUGAGUGUCCCCCUCCCGUCGGCUUGAUGUUUUAUACUGGCCUGGUCUUAACUAGGGUUCCUCAUACCUCGUCCUCACCUAUAGGUGUCGGUUCCUCUGCUGGUGCCACCUUUCAGGUAGAAUAUGAAUAAAGAACGUCUAUGCAAACCCUGAAGUCAUGACUAACAGGAUGUCAAUGUUGUAUCCACUGCUGUCUUCUGUUCUUCUCACGUAUCUCUUGAAGCCCUGAAACUACAGUUCAGGAUCCUCUGAGCAUGUCACCUCCUGUGCUGCAAAGCACAAGACUACCACCCAGCGGCAUGGGGGCCCAGGGUAGAAUGGGGCAUCUCGCCGACGGCGAGCAGCUCUGAAGUCUUGCUGGAAUGUCCUUCCGGGCUUGUACUUGACCAUCCACUUCUGCUAACACACAACGGUUGUGGGACACCAAGUCUGAUCGCUCAAACUUUCCUGGCCAGCAAUUUGAGCAGUCAUUGAUCCCACCAUGCACCUGCCUGGCAAAAGCAUCUGAGUUUCGAGUUUGGGGGCAGGGCCACACAGUCUGCUUGGCUUAUGCAUCUCUGCUUCUCUUUCUGUAUCUGACAGUUUUUUUGUUGGGUUCUUGUUUGCAAUAAUCAUCACAUUUUAUUUUAGUUUCUCUCAGCUCAUCCUGUUAUGCAUUUUUGUUUCUUUUUUUAAGUUAAACCAUGUAAAACCAUGAAAAUGAAGUAAACUCAUACAUAACCAUCAUUCCUUUGAUGCUGUAGAGCAAAAUGUACACAUUGUAUUUAAUUAAUGAUUAAUAUAACGAUAACAGUUGUGAUGAAUAAUAAACCGUAAUAUAUUAAAUCA